UGACACAGAGCCCGCCCCUAUGCCUCAACUUCUGCAGCUCACGUGACGCUGCUGGUCCUCCCUGUGUAUUCUCCCCGCUCACUCGCUUCCUGUUCUCUGGAUUUCAACUCCUCCUUCCCUCUCAGAGGAGGUGGUAUCUCUAUGGUCUCCUGAAGCUCCGUGGAACUGACAGGAUCCGGUGUGCAGGUGUCGGUGCCCCUGGUUCCUGGGUAGACGCCAUGCCGGUGAUUGUCGCAGUGUUUGUUGUGUUGGCGCUGUUGGCUGUGGGAGCCCUGCUCAUAGGAAGAUGGCUGCUUUAUCGCCUGGUCACUAAGUGGUGUCAGAGGAAGCUGGGAGCUGAUUUAAAAAUUGGAUCACUGGGUUUUUUCUGGCUGCAGAACAUCACUUUAAAGUUUGGGAAGCAGCAGCAACAAAUAGUGGAAAUAGACAGUAUCUGGAUAUCAAGCAAACUCCUGAAUAAUGAGUUGCCUCACUACUUUGCUCUGUGUCUUGGGGAAAUACGGAUUCGAGCUGAUCUACAGGGGAUGGCAGGCACUUCCCGAAAACGUUUCAGUUCUUCAGCUGAAGAAUCCAGUGAGCACAGAGAAAGAGCAUUCAUCAGUCCAUCACUACUCAAAAUCCUUUCGCAAUUACUCUCGGUACAUCUGGACUCCGUCAACAUUAUGGUUUUAAAUGUGGCUGCAUCUGAAUCCCUUUGGCACAUGACUAUUUCAAAGAUGUGUUUCCUAGUAGAAAGUGAUGGAAAAAGGUUGGACUGCACAGUAAGCCUUAAUCAGCUGACCAGCAAAAUAUUAAAAAGCAGCCAGCAGGAUGAAGCUUGCCUUGCAGAAUUGACUUUAGCUCUGACUGUGCAAUGCAGCAUCAGUGAGAGGUCCCUGCAAUCAAUUAGCCUGAGAGUAUGCAGCCUUCAUUCAGAACUUCAUGAGAGUCUGUUCAAUAGUGACUUGCUCCACAAAGUGCUAGUUUCAGCAGAGAAAGACUCUGAUAACCAGAAUGAGGUUGCAGCACAGCAGGAGGACACAGAAAUUGUUACGUCUCCGGAAUGGUUGCGCAUGAUUGAACGACUUCCAUGCAAAGUGGAUGUGGGGUUUGAGAACAGCACUGUUGUACUAUCAAUGAACAGUCAGCAAAGGCACCUUAACUGGACUUUGAAACUCCUGCAGUUUUCAUAUAUGCGUGAAGAAGACCAAUUGCCCCUACGCAAGUUCAUUGGUUCAUCAGAUCUGGCACAGAUGGGUUUUGAGCUACUUGUUGAAGAUGGCCUGCUGUUGUCUCAGAGCCGACAAAGAAUCAUCUGCUUGAAUCACCUUAGAGCCAGUUUGCAGGUCACCUCAAUUGAUAUUAAGAUUUAUGUCGCACUUAACACAUGUAUCAUUCACUACCGCCACUUGGAAUUUUCCCAUUGGUUCAACUUGCUGGCGCUGGAACGCCAGUUCCCUAAAUCCCCACACACCUCAACCAAAACCAAACGACCUCUUCCUGUGAUUAUGGCCCCAAUUGUUUUUGACUCCUACAUUUCUAAUGUUAAUGUGUCUGUACAGCUUGAGGAGGCACAGCCUUUUGCAGUGGGGUUUUCAUCAGUUUCACUGGAGUUCAAGCACCUGCGCACACAAAACCUCCAUCAAAGGGCACUACUGUCUAUUAGCCACUUGUGCUGGCGAGUUGGGAAGGACUCCCAUAUCCAGCAGGCUCUUCAUCCCCCAAGCACACAUGUGUGGGGGGAGGCACUUGUGCUUGACUCAUUUAGCCUUCAGGGUAGUUACAACAUGUCUCUAGGUGUUGGCAUUGUGAAUGAAGACACCGUUUUCCUAGAGUCAUCCGUACAAGGAUUGCAGUUGGAGUGCUCGGACACCUGUGCAGAAUGCCUUUCUCGUGUUUUAAGUCUGUUACCAACAGUUCCCAAAUUGCCUGCUCCAUCUCUCAAAGAACCAUUGUCUCCCAUUUCCCAUUCUGAAGACCAAGGCAGCAAACAGGACCUCCUGUGGAAAGUGGAUGUUAGAGUUGAAGAAGUGAACUUGUUUACAUUGUCCAGUUUGGUGGGGGCUUCUCAGGUCAGGUUGGACUUGCUUACUGCCAUUGGAAGUGUUGAAAACUGUGAUCUGAGCUUGCAGGGAGUGGCUUUCUCUUUAAUGAAGUCCAUCACUGAGAAAAUGGAGCUGUGCUGCAAGGCCAAGGACAUUACUGAACCAUUGCUCUACUUCUCCACGCUGUCCCUGACCUAUAACAGCACUGUACAGGCAUUAAAUGUGCUGUGUGGGGAGGAGUUGCUUCUGCAGUGGAGUCCCUGGGAUCACAUGUAUUUAUAUCAGCAUACACUGUCCACCUUGCAGUGCAAGGAUUUGCUGCUUUCCCAUGUAGUUAAAGAAGGGCAACUUUCUGGCUCUUCCACAGCAGAAAGUGAUGACCACUGCACUUCAUCUCCUCAGAAUGAAAAAAUGGGUAACCCUGAACUUGAACAUGGUCUCCACCGGAAAAGCUUGCAGAUUACUGCAGAGUUGAGCUCCGUUAGACUGCAGGCCUUUGUGUCUCAGGAGAACGUAUUCCUCUUAAGAACUCAGAAGAUAAGGCUAAACCAGCAUGGGGGCUCUAUUACCCUCCAUUGUCCUGAAGUAACUGUAAACGCUGAUGACCAUAACAUUUUCCUCUUCAAGGAUCUUGAAGCUCAGAGACUGACAGAACUGGAAGACAUGCUGUUCCAUCGUAUUCACUUUCCCUCACUACUUACAAAAAGGAAUCGGGCUUGGGUGUUGUCGUUCAGCAGUGUGUCGAUGGAAUUUCCUCACCGUUAUGACUUUUCUUGUAUAUUGGACCGUGCCAUCGGCGUGCAAAAGUGGCUGAAGGGGCUGCAUAAUUUCUCAAAAACUGUGAAUGCCCCACUUCCACCUGAUCUGGUGCUGACAGUUAAGCAGUUUUCUUUUGCAUUCUUAGAUGAUGUCUUUGAGGUAAAGCUUAGGGAUAACUAUGAACUCAUGAAGGAUGAGAGCAAGGAGAGUGCUAAAAGACUGCGACUACUUGAUGAUAAAGUAGCUGCCUUGCGCAAGCAGCAUGGAGAACUACUACCUGCACGGAAGAUUGAGGAGCUGUAUUCAUCCCUGGAAAAGAAGAACAUUGAAAUCUAUAUCCAACGAUCCCGGCGUCUAUACAGCAACACUCCAAUGCGGAAAUCUCUGAUGACCUGGACAAUGUCUGAUCUUGAAGUGGUAGCCUUAGCAGAUGAAUCAUUGCAUGGUCCAGAGAAUGUGUUGAAAAACAUGAGGGAAAUUGACAAUGUCAGCCCUCUACCCACUGAGGGGCUCUCUCUGGUUAUUCAGUGGUGUCGUAUGAUGAGAUGCUCUCUGAAAACGUUCUAUGUGCGAAUACGUGAUUAUCCACGUUACCUGUUUGAGAUCCGAGACUGGCACCUCUCAGGGAGACUACUUGGGGCUGAGCAGAGUGGUCAAGCCAGCGCACGUAGGAAACAAGUCUUGCAUUUGGGGAUUCCAUGGGGUGAUGCAACAGUGGAGAGGAACAUGCCACCUCUGAAGUUCUUUCAUGAUUUUCACUCGGAGAUCCAGCUGUACACCAUUGUUUGGGGCCCAUGCUGGGACCCAGCCUGGACUCUGGUGGGUCAGUAUGUGGACCUUCUCACCAAAACCUCAGUGGACCCCAGUGCACCUUUACCAUGGUGGGACAAGAGUCGAUUGCUUCUACAUGGGCACUUUAGCAUGGACAUUGAGCAGGCUAACUUACACCAGCUGGCGACUGAGGACCCAUAUAACACAACAGAAAACAUGCACUGGGAAUGGAACCACCUGAAAUUUAUCUGGAAUCCAGGACAGUUUGUUUUUAAAGGGGACCUUGAUGUCAACGUCCGUACUGCCUCAAAGUAUGAUGACUGCUGCUUCCUUCACCUACCGGAUCUCUGCAUGACUUUUGACCUGCAAUGGCUGUGCCAUGGGAAUCCUCAUGAUCAUCACAAUGUAGCUCUUCGUUCUCCAGACUUUCUAUCAGAGUUCUCUUCCAUUCAGCAACAUGAUUCUUACCGUGCCUUCCGCUCUGAGAACAUCAACUUAUCCAUCAAGAUGGAUUUAUCUCAGCCCCAUUCCGAUGCCUCUCAACCUCGUAUCCUGCUUUAUAGCAGUACUUUGCGCUGGAUGCAGAAUUUCUGGGCAACUUGGAGCAGUGUGACACGGCCCAUUUGCCGUGGGAAGCUCUUCAACAAUUUGAAGCCUGGCAAGAAAAAACUCGGACAGCAUUACAAACAGAUGUCUUACACAGCCCUGUUUCCCCAGCUGCAGAUUCACUACUGGGCCUCCUUUGCACAGCAGCGUGGGAUUCAGGUAGAAUGUGAUCAAGGAGAAAUCUUCACUCGUGGGGUACAGAGGCUCAUCCCACAAGCUGGAACAGUGAUGCGCCGCCUGAUCUCAGAAUGGAGUGUACCACAAAUGACCAGUAAACUGAGCUUGGUGACUGUACACCUUAUGGCUUCUGCCUGUGAUGAAAAUGCUGACCACCAACUUGAUAACUUAGUGCAAAAAACUCACUUGCUCAGCUUGUCCUCUUUGAGUUAUGAAAGGCAGGAACUGUCGCCCACCGGCGAGGAGAAUACCAUGUACACCCACCGGUUGCAUCUCGUGGAUCUCCGAGCAUCUUGGACAACUCUGAACCGAGAUAUUGCUUUUGGCUUGUACGACGGCUACAAGAAGGCAGCUGUUCUAAAACGCAACCUCUCCACUGAAGCACUCAAAGGGUUGAAAAUUGAUACGCAAAUGCAGGCGAAGAAGCUGAAACGUGGUUCCAUGCGUAGCUUUCCCCCUCCCAAGAAAGUCACAGCACCUGUUGUCACUGGCAGAACUGAAAGAUCACCCUCAGGAGGUGCAGACAUGCUGCAGAAAUUGAUAGAGGAGACGGAUAAAUUUGUGGUAUUUACUGAGGAGGAGUCAGGGGUGAGCGAGCAACUCUGUGGCAAAGCUGCUUGCCAGGACCAAGACAUCCUUAACCAUAACUGGCUUAUCGAGCUGGUCAAUUGCCAGAUGGUGCUCCGUGGAGCAGAGACAGAAGGCUGUGUUAUUGUAUCAGCAGCCAAAGCACAGCUCUUGCAAUGCCAGCACCAUCCAUCUUGGUAUGGAGACACCUUGAAGCAGAAGACCUCGUGGACUUGCCAGCUUGACAGCAUGCAAUAUUUUGCCACAACCGAAAGUAAUCCCGCUGAAGUAGAAGACAGUCAGUACUGGUUGGAGGUGAAAAAUAUUGAGGAGCAUCGACACAGGAACCUCGACUCUGUGCAGGAGCUGAUGGAGAGUGGCCAAGCUGUAGGGGGCAUGGUCAGCACCACCACAGAUUGGAGUCAGCCAUCUGAAGUGCAGCAAAACCUGCAGAUGCAGCGGAUAAUCUCACGUUGUAACUGCCAUAUGUAUUACAUCAGCUACAGCCAUGACAUUGACCCUGAGCUGGCCAUGCAGAUCAAACCCCCUCCCACACCUGUACACCCAGAGAAGGAAGAUCUGCUGAAAGGACAAGAGGCCGCGGCUGAUACUUUCACUUUAAAGCACCAGCACUUAGAGAUAUCCACCAAUCCUGCACAGUAUGCAAUGAUCUUGGAUAUUGUUAACAACCUGCUUCUGCAUGUGGAGCCCAAACGCAAGGAGCACAGUGAAAAGAAACAGCGAGUCCGUUUCCAACUGGAGAUUUCCAGCAAUCCAGAAGAGCAGCGCAGUAGUAUAUUGCAUCUGCAGGAAGCAGUCAGACAACACGUUCUCCAAAUACGCCUAUGGGAAAAGCAGAUGUACUCUAUCAUGAAGUUAUUGCAUGAUGAGAGUAAGAAUGAAUCUCUGAAUGAGCAACUCCAAAAACUACAGAGUCAGCUGUGCCAGGAGAAGACGGAUUUGCAGCUGAAAAGUGAAGAACUAAACAUUCUGAUCAGGUGUUUCAAAGACUUCCAGCUGCAGAGAGCAAACAAGAUGGAGCUGCGCAAGCAGGCAGAAGAUGUCAGUGUAGCACGCCACACAGAAUUUUACUUUGCACAAGCAAGGUGGCGCCUGACUGAGCAGGAUGGCCAGCUGGGCAUUGCAGAGCUGGAACUGCAGCGUUUCCUUUAUAGCAAGGUGAAUAAGUCAGAUGACACUGCAGAGCAUCUUUUGGAGCUGGGUUGGUUCACAAUGAAUAACUUGCUCCCCAAUGCUGUUUACAAGAUAGCCCUGCGACCGCAAAUGCCUGGACAGUCUGGGAGGCAACUUGCAUUACGAAUCUUCAGCAAAGUCCGGCCACCUGUAGGCGGCAUUUCUGUUAAAGAGCACUUUGAGGUCAAUGUGGUUCCUCUCACCAUCCAGCUUACACACCAGUUCUUUCACAGGAUGAUGGGCUUUUUCUUUCCUGGGCGAAAUGUGGAGGAAGAGGAAGUUGGGGAUGAAGAAGAUAAAUCCAAACUUGUCACAACGGGAAUGCCAGUUGCGAAGCCUCGGCAGCUUAUGGUGGCAGAUGAUGCGGUCUCGCUUGGUCCUGGCAAGGGAGUUGGACAGGGCUUAAACAGGACAACAGGGGUCAGGAGAUCUUUCCGGAAAGCACCAGAGCACCCUGUGGAUGACUUGGAUAAAAUGAAAGAAAGAGCUGCAAUGAACAAUUCAUUUAUCUACAUAAAAAUACCGCAGGUGCCUCUGUGUGUGAGCUAUAAGGGUGAGAAGAACAGUGUUGAUUGGGGCGACCUUAACUUAGUGCUGCCUUGCCUGGAAUAUCACAAUAAUACCUGGACGUGGUUGGAUUUUGCUAUGGCUGUGAAGAGGGACAGUCGCAAGGCACUGGUAGCUCAGGUUAUUAAAGAGAAACUGCGCCUAAAGCCAGCUGCAGGUGUGGAAACCAAAGUCAAGGGAGAGACAAAAUCAGAUAUGAACCAGCAGGAGGAAGAUGAGAAGGCCAGGUUGAUCAUUGGACUCAGUAUGAAUGAUAAAAACACUGGAAAGAAAUCAAUCUUUUCGAGAAGAAAAUAAGCGGUUAUAUGUUGAAACUGCCAUUGGUGUGAAGCCCAGAUUUACCCACUUGGGGACACUGCUGCAAACGUUCUGCCAUAGAAAGGCUGCUGGUCUGCAUUCUAGUGAAUGAGGACAUAAGGAGAGGGAGGAACACAGAGGACUUCCAAGCAGUGUUUGUUUGGAAAGUAGUAGAGAAUGCACUAGGGAAUAACAGAAUAUUUAAUAUGGAUCUUUAUAGCAAAAUAAUGUUGCAAAUUGAGGAAAGAGCCGUUCUUUAUGUAUUUGUGGACAGAGCUUCCAUCCAAGCCUUAACCCAGAAUAAUAACCCAUAAUGCCAUGUACAGAAAAUGCAAUGACUUGGUGUUGAGUCCGUGCUGCACUUUUAUCCCAUUCUGACAUACACUUACAUUGGGACAUAGAACAGGCAAAAUACUAGUUUGCUGCAAUUUGACACUGAUGUGGGGGUUCACCGAGGCAGCGGAACCAUGCACAUAGAAACCAUCCUCUUAGGGUAGAACUACAAGGGCGACUUUGGUGCGUUUCCGGGGGAUUCAACGCGCUGCGCCAAAACGCAGGCAUCAAAUCGGAUGCAACGUAGAAUAAGGUAAGCAAUAGUAAUGUCAGAUCUUGUUGCAGCGUUCAUCCGACACAACGCGACGUCUGAUGCAGAUGCUGCAUGCGCGUCGGAUCCGCCAGAAACACACCGAACUCGCUCAUGUAGUUCUACCCUUACACAAAAGCCAUCGUCUCACACAGGAAGAAAUUUGACUAGAGGAGAGCUCAAGCAUCUCGCUUCCCAAAAAAGCUUUUUGCUAAUGUUUAGUGUUCUCUACAUACAUAGCAAGGGCUUUUAGUGGUGCAGGAGGCUGCCGGCCUAGGAUGCAAGAGUUGGAAAUCCAGCACUAGCGGCACUUAAGUUCCCAUUCUUCCCAGAACAUAUUACCCCUAGGGGCAGGUUCAGUACCAUAGAGUGCAGCAGCGCAGUUACACAUUACAACCAAUGGGCAAUUAGUAGUUAGAAUCGGGUUGCUGCAAGUCAAAAAAAUAGAGAGCAAUGAGCUGUUUGGUUGCUAUCCAUGGCUGUGGAGUCGAUGCAUACAUAAAUUCUUCAGUUUAUGGUACCUCCAACUCCUCCGUCUUUAAAGGAACAGUAACACCAAAAACUGAAAUUGAAUCAAAGUAAUUAAAAUAUAAAGUACUGUUCCUCUGCACCGGUUAAAACUGUGUGUUUGCUUCAGAAAACAAAAUCAAAGUUACACUACAAAAAACAAUAGGAAAGCCUAUAAGAAAUUGUAAAAUAAUUGAACCUGGCGAUCAGCUGUUAAAUACUAUCCAAAAUUAACUAAAGAAUUGCUUCAGCCAGAUCCUCCUUCAUAGAAGCUCUUAAAUCUGAUUGUUUUCAGUCCUUGUAUUUAAAGUUAUAAGUCUGUACAUUUUUUGGCGACUCCAACUCUGACUUCAGAUCCCCCAAAUUGCUUCCGACUCCACAGCUCUUUUGCUAUGUGUAACUACUUGUGCAUUUUUGCAUUUAUGAGGGUGACGCAGCACAGCAGAACACCAGUAUAUAAGCUCAACACCAAUUGCACAGCAUUCUGGGCAUGGCAUCAUGAACUGGGCCUGGCAGGCCAGAAUAUCUAAAGGUUUCCCUCGGCUAUAUCAUAGGCCAGUGUAAUAUAACACUGAGUAACGUGUACUAGUUAGUGUGAGGGCUGUGGGUCCUAGGAAUCCUAGAGCAAUACUGGCACCUUAUUUUACUAAACAAAUUGGAUGGCAUGGGGAAAAGUAAGGUUCUCUAACAGUAUUCUGUCCAAAAUAAGGUUUCAUUGUCAUUUUAUAGCCAGUAGGACAUAAAGCCUAUAAGAACUAUGCAUUAUAGAUGGUGGGAAUCACAGCAGAUAUGACACACUCGUGUAAUUCACGCUUCGUAGCAUGGCACUUUUUGGAUACAAAUCACCUCCUUUUGUCAUAGUCUCCCCAUUUCUGUUGACUAUAGUGGGAAAUUGUCCUCUUGUGUUCUGGGUGAUUCAUCACUUUGUUUUAUGUGAUUAAAAAAAAAAAAAUAAGCAUUCAGCGAUAGAACACCUCGGGUGCCUUUGCCCUAAAGCCCUGCUGAUCAAUAAGUGAUAGUGAGAAUAGUAUAAAACCAGUAUUGUGCUUUCCCCUUUCUUCCUAUAGGGUCUCUGCUCCCUGCUUUUUCUGUUUUUAUUUUUCAACUGAAAAUUUCUCACUAAAAUACAGGUUUCCAUACUGUCGGAAAACAGAUCAAUUACGUACUGAAUUUAUUUUCUACUCCAUGUUAUUGUAUUUUGUUGAUUGAUCUCUCACUGGGCCCAUAUUCGUUUUGGGCUGAAACACAAGGGGGGGAGUCCUUUAAUGGGACACGUUCCUACCCGCGGUGUUGGGUUUGAUUUCAGAUAUGGGUGCAUCUAAUGAUCAUUAUACAUAAGCACUAACAGAGCUGAUGUUUAACUUUUUUAUAAAAAAAAAAAUAUAUAUAUAUAUAUAAUGACAUAUUUAUAUGCAUUGAGGGGACUGAAUGCAGUAGUUGCUGCUACAGAGGUGUAUAGAUUCCUGCUCUCAUCUGCAGACGUUUGCACUUUUUGAACAGAUUACUCUCCACAAGCAAUGAUUAAAAUCAUAUUGUUACUUUUAAA